AUGGACAUUGAAUUUUAAAUAAAGGAAAAUAAGGUAGCGAUACUUAUCAUUGGAAUGGCAGGCACUGGCAAAACAACUUUCGUUUAGCAAUUAAGCAAGCAAUUAAAAAAUGAGAAGCAUACUUUAAUUAAUCUCGAUCCCGCUGUUUAUUCAUUACCUUAUGAACCUGAAGAAGAUAUUCGUAAAUCAAUUAAUUAUAAAGAAUUGAUGACUAAAAAUAAACUUGGUCCUAAUGGAGCGAUCAUGACAGCCCUCAAUCUUUACUCACUUUAAUUAAACUAAUUAAUUGAAAAAAUAGAAAAAUCAGACUCCAAUAUAUAAAUUAUUGAUACUCCAGGACAGAUCGAAGUUUUCACUUGGUCAGCAUCUGGCAAUUUAAUAUCUUAAACAUUAUCUAUGUCUAUGCCUACAAUAAUAUUUUAUGUUAUUGAUAUUGCAAGAUGUUAAAACCCUAAUAGUUUUAUGAGCAAUUUAUUAUUUAGUUGUAGUAUAUUCUACAAAUUUAAAUUGCCUAUGGUUAUAGUUUUUAAUAAGUGUGAUGUGGCUGAUUCAAAAUAACCAUUAGAAUGGUUGAGAAAUUAUGAUUCAUUUACAGAAGCUUUAAAGAAUAAGGAUACUUAUUUAUCUACUUUGAGCAAAUAAAUGGUUUUGACUUUAGAAGAAUUUUAUAAUAACUUUACAGUAUUGGAAGUUUCAUCAUUAACUGGAUAAGGUUUUGAAAAAAUUAAUGAAGUUAUUGCAACUGCAAAGUAAGAAUAUAUGAACAUUACUCUUGUGGAUAUUUAAAAGAGAAUGAAUGACUAAAAACAAAAAAAUUAUGACAAAUAAAUCAAUCAGAUAACUUAAAAAAUUUAGAAUUUGUGA